AUGGGCUGUUGGGACGCGCUCGCCGUUGAGUGGGAGGGUCUGAAGUACUACAAGUCCGUUUUUGCACGGAUGAUCAUGGACCCCGCGACGAAAGCCAAGACAUCUUUCGGUCAGAUGUUCCGAGGUAUUGUGGUUGGCGCUCACUACGAGUGGUUGACGAACCCGAAGAAAACGUCAGAAUCAGUUGUUGAGGAGGUCUGUGGUAAAGGAAACUAUGAUGCAUUGAAGGGCAAGGUCGUCAUCAUUACAGGUGCAACCAAUGGUCUCGGUCUUGAGAAUGCCCGCUGCCUCUUGAAAUAUGGUUGCCAUGUAGUUUUCGCAAUGCGGAACAAAGAGAAAGCCGAGAAAGUGGUGGCAGAGAUGCGCGCUAAAGAGACGCUUACCGGAAAGGCCACGUUCAUCAAUAUCCAGCUCGAUGACUUGUCGACGGUCAAGCCCUUCGUCCAAGAGUUCCUCGCCUUGGGCCUCCCCCUACACUGCCUGAUUAAUAAUGCAGGCAUCAUGGCACCACCUGUCUAUCGUGCCUCGAAGCAGGGUUUGGAAAGCCAGUUCGCCAUCAACAACAUGAGCCACUAUUUGUUGACCCAUCUGUUGCUGCCCAAGCUGAAGGAGACCGCACAGACGUCGGGGGAAGCCCGUAUCGUCUAUCUUGGCUCUCUUGCGGGAGAGGCGUGCUGGAAUGUCGACCUCGACACGUCCGUGCCCAGUGGUCCAGAGUUUUACUCAGAUAUCGGAGACUAUACCAGUACGAAAUGCAUUGAUAUGAUCCAUGCCAGGCAUCUGCAUGACAAGUACACGAAGGACAAGAUCUUCGUCUGCGCAGUGCACCCAGGGAUUAUCAACUCUGGGUUGGGCAAGGACAACCCUGGCCUCACAGCCGCUUUCUAUGCCGGCUCGUCCUUGAAACACACGCACAAGAGCCCCGCAGAAGGUGCUGCAACGACCAUGUACUGUGCUUUGAGCUCAGAGGUUCCCAAGAAAUCCGUCACGGAAGGGGCUUGGUGGUACUACAACUGCCAGCCGCAACGAUGCAUCGGCUUCGCUUCGAAGGCCACGCCAGAGUUUCAGGAGAAGCUUGAGGCAAAGUGCUGGGACCUAGCCAAGGCAUAUGCAUGA